CCCGGCCGGGCCGAGGCCACGAGCAUCCCGCCCGGGGCCGCCGCCGGACGCCUCCAUUGUGUGACCGCGACCAGGGCCGCUCGCGCAGCAGGGUCCUCAGACCGCUGUCCCCUCCAGCCACCGUGAGCCCUGCCGCCCCUCUGGAAGGUCUCGGGUUAGAUCCUGUCACUGCUUGGGGCGCACAGCUGGGCCGGGAGCAGGCCUGACAUCUCGGUUCUCUUCUUCAGACCUGCACGUCCAGGAGCCGCCGCCUUGGGAGGUCAGGGAGCCGUGCCUCAAGGUCAGCACAGGAGGCUGGGGUGCUGCCCACAAAGGAAUUCCCCGCCCGGAGCCCGAGGAGCCGCUUCCUGGACGCGUUCCAGCUGACGUGCAGGGGCCAGGAAGAUGUGCUGACUCCGGCGAGGCUGAGGGGCUCCUGACCGGCCAGCACGCUCGCCCUGGAGCGUGGGGGACACACUGUGCGGUCCUUUCCCUCGAAGGGAGCAUCCGGGACUUCCCCACGAGCGGAGCCCCCAGGGCUCGGCCACGCCAGGCUCUGCGCCUUGGCAGCCCUGGGAAUGUCGACAACUCAGGAUCUCCAAGGCAGUUUUCCUGAGUGAGUUGCAGAAGUGCGUGGAGGCGAAUGCCACUGUAGCACUGGGAGGGGCACUAUGCAGGGAGAGGCCUUCCACAGGAACGCAGGCAGGGAGACGCUCAGGCUGACCGCACGCCCACGCAGUGGAGCCAGCCCCAGAUAGGCGGCCGCCAUGGCCAAGUGAGAGACUGGCUGACAGCAGUCCCGCAGCCGGCGUGUCCGGACGUGUUCUCGAACUCGCGAUACCAAAUAGGAAAGAUGAUCUACAAGUGCCCCAUGUGCCGGGAGUUCUUCUCGGAGAGAGCCGAUCUCUUUAUGCAUCAGAAAAUCCACACGGCCGAGAAGCCCCACAAGUGCGACAAGUGUGACAAGGGUUUCUUCCACAUAUCGGAGCUGCACAGCCACGGGCGAGACCACACAGGAGAGAAGGUGUACAAGUGUGACGACUGCGGCAAGGACUUCAGCACCACCACCAAGCUGAACAGGCACAAGAAGAUCCACACCGUGGAGAAGCCCUACAAGUGCUACGAGUGCGGCAAGGCCUUCAACUGGAGCUCCCACCUCCAGAUCCACAUGCGAGUGCACACCGGGGAGAAGCCCUACGUCUGCAGUGAGUGCGGAAGGGGCUUCAGCAACAGCUCCAACCUGUGCAUGCACCAGAGGGUCCACACCGGGGAGAAGCCCUUCAAAUGCGAAGAGUGCGGCAAGGCCUUCAGGCACACGUCCAGCCUGUGCAUGCAUCAGAGGGUCCACACCGGGGAGAAGCCCUACAAGUGUUACGAGUGCGGCAAGGCCUUCAGCCAGAGCUCCAGCCUGUGCAUCCACCAGAGGGUCCACACGGGGGAGAAGCCCUAUAGAUGCUGUGGCUGCGGCAAGGCCUUCAGCCAGAGCUCCAGCCUGUGCAUCCACCAGAGGGUCCACACGGGGGAGAAGCCUUUCAAAUGUGAUGAGUGUGGCAAGGCCUUCAGCCAGAGCACGAGCCUGUGCAUCCACCAGAGGGUCCACACCAAGGAGCGGAACCAUCUCAAGAUAGCAGUUAUGUGAGGCGUGCUGAGAGUUAAAAAUCUUCAAACCCAUAAGUGCCACUAGGAAGGAGACCCUGUAAAUACCCACACUGUCCCGAGAAAUACCUGCGGCGGCCCUGGCGAGCGUCCCCCUGAGGAGGCCGUGUCGGGUUGCUUUCUGGUUCAUGCCAAGUUUGUUCCUGGACUUGGCUGUGACCGUGGAGUCCCUGUGAGGGUCUGCCCACGCGGGCAGCCGGGCCCUGCUCAGGGGUGUGUGUGGAGUCCAGCAGGAAUCCCCCACGUGCAGAUACCACAGGCUGUGGGCACCGCCCGGCCUCCCCAGCCGCCUUCCCUGCCCGAGCGGAAGGGUCCCGGGCUGUCUCCGCAGCUCCCAGGCCCGUCCUCCCCUUCACUCGAGCCUCCUGGUUACUGCCAUCGGGGACGGACCCCAGGGCCGUGCUCUGAUCGGCCCACGCAGCUUCCACGCGCCCCAGUGCUCCCGACCCUGUUGUCCGAGUGUCCUCAGAGUACCUGGAAAGACCCCUUCCUAGGUGGCGGGACCUCGCGGCUAGGUUUUAGGUGACUCCUGCCCGUGGCUGGCGGGCGCCCUGCACUCGGCUUCAGU